UCGGCUCUGGCUACCCCGGCUCGGCCCCGCGCGCCCCGAGCGCAACCCCCGGAAGUGCGCGCCGGCGGCCCCGGCGAAGAGCCUGAGAAGUCAACUUGGGCCAACCAAGUUUCAAGACCUUUACUGCCUGAUACCAACGUCAUCAGGGAUGAACUUUUCUUACCAGAUAUUUCUCUGUUCCUGACACACCUCUCCCCAGAAGAGAAGAGAGGGAGGGGCCACCUUGAUCCAGCUGAAGCCAUCUACGGGAAGCCUCCUCUGGAUGUCGCAUCGAUGCUGACCGUCCACCAGGGCAGCAUGGAGCCGGUGAUCGCCGAGCACGGGGACAUGGCUUUGCUCAGCAACAUCCUGGCGGCCUAUUCCUUUGUCUCAGAAAAUCCCGAGCGAGCAGCUCUGUACUUCGUCUCCGGCGUGUGCAUCGGGCUGGCCCUCACCCUGGCUGCCUUGGUGAUGAGGAUCUCUUGCCACACAGACUGCCGGCGGCGUCCCCGGAAGAAGUUCCUGCAGGACCAAGAAAGCAGCAGCAGCGACAGCAGCGACAGUGAGGAUGGCAGCUCGGACACGGCGUCUGACAUCUCGGUCAGGAGACACCGCCGCUUCGAGAGGACUUUGAACAAGAACGUCUUCACCUCGGCGGAGGAGCUGGAGCGCGCCCAGCGGCUGGAGGAGCGGGAGCGCAUCAUCAGGGAGAUCUGGAUGAACGGCCAGCCCGAGGUUCCAGGGACCAGGAGCCUGAACCGCUACUACUAGGGGCAGGAGCAGGCGCCGCAAGCGGAAGGCUCUGCAGGGAGGGUGGGCCCGAAGGGCUCAACGCAGUUCUGCUAACGGUAUGGUGGCAGAGAUAAGUAGGACACGCCCAUUUGCUAGCCAGGAGGACGAAUUUCUCCUUUUUCGCUAAAUUUAUGGAGAAGUAGAAAAACCAAGUCGGUUCAUCAACCUUUCUGGGUCUUGGAAUGGUGCUGAAAACCCCUCUCCAACAAUGUGCAUGGAGAUUAGAGAAACGGGACUGUGGUUUCUCUUGAUUUCUGAGAAUCUCAGAAAUUUCUGCCGACUUCCUUGCUAUGUGUUAUUCCUUUACAAAAGGAAAGAUUAUCAUAGCAUGCGGGCUGGGAAUAGCAGGGUGAACUUAACCCAGCAAAUGCAAUUUUCUAAAUGACUCCGUGCUAUGGAGGUGAUUCUGAUCCAGAGAGCAUGAUCCAUGCUUAUUAUUUAAGGCUGAUUUUUUUUUUUUUUAAUCUUGUGUUGUAAUGGCAACCUCGUCCAUUUUAAUUGGCACCUCAGGGAUUAAAAUCCUAUUUUUUAGUAUAGUUCCCACCUCAUUCAUGAAAAUGAAUCCAAUUAUUGUAUUAUGAGAGAUGUGUCAGUGAACUAGAAAAUGUCAAUAACCUUAAAGGAUGAAGGGUCUUAUUUUAAAUAGUUUAAAAUAUAUAUAUUAACAUGCAUAUUUGAAAAUGCUGCAUAAGAAUAAAAGCUGUAUUUUUUUUCCCUUUUGGAGAGAAGAAAGUUUUGUUAUGGCUCUAG